UGUACUACUAAUGCAGUACGCUUUCUUUGUUCGAAUUAUCCAGAGGUGUUGAUGUGUUAGCUUUAUUCUUUCACAGCAGUCUAAAAUUUAUAGCCAGUUAGGAUGAGGUGUGUGCUCGCCUUAGUACUCCUUGGAGUAGGGGUCCUGGCUCCCCCUCCUCCUGCAGAUUAUGUGGCGUCUGUUAAACCCCCGUCUGAACCUCUGAAGUUGGAUCCUGGAAGUUCCCAAAAAGAUUCUAAACUUGUUGAUGACGGCUCUUUGAAAACCUUAGCUAAGGAAAUUGAAAAAACAUACACCCCUGGACCUACUGGUGACUCCCCAGUCACUAAGCAUGAAGACUAUGUUGAACAGGAACACCUUAAUGAUGAGGUUUAUAAAGAGGCUGAUGAAGAGUCUGAUGAGAUGGAAGACAAUAUGCAGCAAAUUGCUCCCCCACCUCAAGGAUACUUACCAUUUGGCAUGCCUGCAUUUCCUAACUGGUUCAGAUUACCCUGGUUUGGACCCGGUGGUUACCCUCCCUUCCCUCAGUUCCCUCCUCAAUACCCUCCUCAAUACCCUCCUCAGUACCCUGAACAGAGAACAAUGUCUGCCCCUGAUGCUAGAUACCUCAAAAAGAUGGAAUCCAGACGCCGGAGAAGAUCUACUGAUUAUGCCAACCCGAAGCUGGUUAAAACCAUUGAGGUCCCAAAUGAAGAUGCCUGGUGGGAUAAUAUUAACUAUGGUAUGGAGGAUGAAGUGAAAGCUAUGACUCGUCAAAAUGCUGGGUAUGCAACCUACUCUGCUAUUUCAAACCAGAUGGAUCACUACGCUCCUGCUCUUCAUGUUGGAACCAUUAACACCGGUGAGUUCAGGAACCCAUUUCUUGAAGACCCUAAGUACAGAUCUUUUGGCAUAGGCUCUGAUUUUAAUGUCCAAGAUAUGGAAGCCUUCAAAUUCACUCCACAAGGCCAGCAUCUAGCAUUUGAUAUGAAUCAGCUUGAGGAGUUGAUCAGUUCUGGAUAUUUGCCUCUAGGUAAAAGGUUGAAUAUUGACCACCAUUUGAUCACUGGUUAUUCCCAAUGCUGGUUUGGUAAGUAUGUGAAGAACAUGGAAACCUUGGGAACUGUUGAUGCUUUUAGUACCGAGUCUCGUAGUUUAUAUUGGAAUCAAAUUAACUGUGGAAGCUUUAAACCAGGAACAUAUGAACUUCUAGGAAUAAAGAAGAGUUAUGAAGCCGGACAUAAAGGAUACAACAACUGGGUUAUCUUCUUAAAGGCUACGUUUGGUUAUUUUGGUACGGUUGCUAUCAGUCAGUUUAACCCCGCUGGGCUCCAGGGGGCUAGCCCGUUCCUACAACGUACUCCUCAGCAACAGCUGACUCAGAACUUCAGAAAUGAAGAUGGCGAGGUCAUUAGUUCCUCGGACAAGUAUUUAUUCAAGCAGGCUGGGAUAAGCCAUGUAACCGGUUCUCAGUACAAUCCUUCUGGAAGUAGGCUGGGCUUUACUCAAGAUCGGUACCAAGCAGCUCACCAGAAUGGAAUGUAUGACAAUUCUUUACUCUGGUCGACUACAACGGGUAGAUAUUAUAAUCCGUACAGUUCAGAGUAUUCCCAGAGUUCUCAAAAUCUGGAUCUGGUUAAUCAACCCUUCAAUCCACACUCGCAGUAUGCUCACUUCAAACCCGCUGAUAAUACUUUCCCUCCUGUACGUUUUGCUGCCGAUGAUUAGUUUUAUGUAAAAUUUAAGAAAAUAUAGAUUUAUUUUA